CGCCCGCCCGCGCCCUCUUUUUGGAGCCUUGCGCCGCGGUCCUUUCCCCCUGUCCGAAUCCGCCUCGACGUGUCCGCCGCCUCCCUCUUCUCCCUCCCCGUGCGCUCGCCUUUUGGUGCGCUCUUGGUAUCUGUGCUCGCCUCCCGUGCCCCUCCUCCUCGUCUCUGCGGCUCUGCCACGCUUCCUCUCCUCUUGUCUUGCGUGCUCCCCCGGCCGUCCUCUCCGCUUCGCUUCUCUUGGCUCUGGCGGCAUUGUGUGCGGGAGCGUGACGAUGUCGUCGGCGGUGGAGGCGGCCAUCUCCUGCUCCAAGGUCGACGUCCCCGCGGCGCCGGAGCCGGAGGAGGCCGCGGCGUCCAAGGCCAAGAACGCGGCGGCGGAGCACGGCGGCGACGCGGCGAACGGCAAGUGCGGCGAGGCGACGCCGCCGCCGCAUUGCCACGAGGACGAGGAGGACGAGGAGGAGGCCCCCAAGGUCAUCGACCUCGGCCCCCGCGUCAGCAUCAAGGACCAGCUCGAGAAGGACAAGGACGACGAGAGCCUGCGGCGGUGGAAGGAGCAGCUCCUCGGCAGCGUGGAUUUGAACUCCGUCGGAGAGACGCUGGAGCCGGACGUGAAGAUAAUGAGCCUGUCGAUCCUGUCCCCCGGCCGCCCCGACAUCUUCCUGCCUCUGCCGGUGGAGCCCAACGCCAAGGGCGUGUGGUUCACCCUCAAGGAAGGCUCCCCCUACCGGCUCAAGUUCACCUUCUCCGUCAGCAACAACAUCGUCUCCGGCCUCCGCUACACCAACACCGUCUGGAAGACCGGCCUCAAAGUUGACAGGGCCAAGGAGAUGCUCGGCACGUUCAGCCCCCAGCUGGAGCCCUACACCUACGUGACGCCGGAGGACACCACCCCGUCGGGAAUGUUCGCCCGGGGCUCCUACUCUGCCAGGACCAAGUUCCUCGACGACGACCGGAAGUGCUACCUGGAGAUCAACUACACCUUCGACAUCCGCCGGGAGUGGCCGUCGACGAGCUGAUCAGCCUCCGCCAGCGGCGACGGGGUCGGCCUGCUUGAUUAGCUGCUUCAAUGUCGCUGUGCCUGAGCAGACCACUCGUUUCAUUUGUGUUUUUUUUUCCUUUUGCUCUUCUGCUGGGUUGUUCGUCCCGUCCCUAGGUUUUUAUUCGUCAUGUGACUGCUUGUGUGUGUGUGAAUAUCGUUUUCACUUUGUCAGUUGGGUGUUGUGUCGGGGUCUCGUUUCCAAACUGCCUGUUGAGUUCAGAGCAAUGAAAUGAAGCUGCGUUCUACGUAA